CGCGGCCCGAAGCCCCCGGGGAGCUGCCCCGCGCCGCCGGGCCCGCUCCCAGGGCCGCCGGAGCCCCGCGGCUGCCCGAGGGUCUCCAGAGCCCGGCCGAGGGGCAGGGGUGGGGGGGUACAGGGCCCGCAGCCCCGGGCGGCCCUGGAGCUCGGAGGGGUCCAGGCCCUGCGGAGCCGUUCGGGGCCUCCGCCGCCCGGCUAGAGCGGCGUUUCCCCAGGUGCCGGCACCCAGCGGGCUGAGCCCCCUCGUGAGCCGCGCCGCGGGGCGCCCGGGCCCCGGGGGGCUCGCCGCAGCGAGGACCGCGGCCGUCGCGGGCUCCCGCGCUCCUCUCCAUCUCGCCCUGGUGGGCAAGACGCCGCGUGUCGGGCCGGCUCCUCCCGCCGCCGCAGCUCCCCCACCCAGCCGCUCACCUUGGCGCCUGGGAUUAGCCAGGCGGGAGCGGGAGCGCGGCACCUCACAGCCCACGUUCUCGCCGCUCGCACCGAGCCCCGGCUGCAGCCGAGCUCCAGCGCGAAGCAGAACCAGAAAGUGCAUUUCCGCCCUUCGAAAAGGGCGGAAGGGCCGAAGGAGGAGAAGAGGCUGUCAGAGAGGCAGGGAGCAGGCCGGGCUCGGCACCCAGGUCCAGAGAGGCUGGCGGUGUAGCACUUGGGAGAUGCCCUAGAGAAGGAAAGGCAGCGAGAGGAGAGAGCAGCCUGCCCCAGAGGGCGCUGCUGCAGCAUGGAGGGGCUUGGGGCAGCCAGUGUCCUGCUGCUCUGCUGUCUGCUGCUGCCUUCCCCUGCGGAGAACCAGCCCAGCCCACAUAUGCAGAUGGACCCCAAGGAGACACCGUCCCAGCACCAUGCUGCCAGGGCCAGGUGGGAGCAGGACAGCAGCACCCAGGAGGGGCUGCCCCCCCGGCCCCGCUGCGUCCGCUGUUGUGAGCCACCCGACCAGCGCUACUCCUACCCCCCGCACCAGCCCCUGCCUCAGAUCAACAUGACCAUCCUGAAAGGUGAGAAGGGAGACAGAGGCGAGCGAGGCAUGCAGGGGAAGUUUGGCAAGACAGGGGUGGCCGGUAGCAGGGGCCACACGGGGCCCAAGGGGCAGAAGGGCAGCGUGGGCGCCCCAGGGGAGCGGUGCAAGAACCACUACGCAGCCUUCUCAGUGGGCCGCAAGAAACCCCUGCACAGCAAUGACUACUACCAAACACUGAUCUUCGACACGGAGUUUGUCAACCUCUAUGACCACUUCAACAUGUUCACGGGUAAAUUCUACUGCUACGUCCCCGGGAUCUACUACUUCAGCCUCAACGUGCACACCUGGAACCAGAAGGAGACCUACCUGCACAUCAUGCACAACGGGGCAGAGGUGGUGAUCCUCUACGCCCAGGUGAGUGACCGCAGCAUCAUGCAGAGCCAGAGUGUCAUGCUGGAGCUGCAGGAGAAGGAUGAGGUCUGGGUGCGGCUCUACAAGGGCGAGCGUGAGAAUGCAGUUUUCAGUGAUGAGUACGACACCUACGUCACCUUCAGUGGCCACCUCAUCAAGUACAGCGGGGACCCCUGAGCGCCUGCUCCAACCCUGCCCCUCCUCCCUCAGCACAGGUGUCCAAGGAGCCCUUGCUACCCCCCCUUGCCCCAGGCAUGCCACCCUCCAUUAAGCCGUUAGCCCUUUUGAGUACCACCACCUCCAGCAGCUUUAGGAACACAUGAAUAACACCUCUGUCCAGCUCCACCAGUUCCUCAAGAGGCAGAUCAGAUGCACCUGGAGGCAACGGAGCUGCUUCCAGCCUCUGCUGCAUUUAUGACCCAGGAAGCCCAUGCUCAGCUGGGGCAGGCAGGGAACACAUCCCCACCUGCAGUUGGUUCACAGCUGGGUUUGCUGGGGUGUAAAUGUGCAGAGCACUGGCUGUGACCUGGCACCAGCUGAACAGUUUUGACUGCCAACAGCCACAGUAACAAGCAGCACAGACCACCAUAUUGUGUGCCUUUGUCCCCUGCUCAGCAGCCCCCCGUGUGACAUGCACUGCAGACUUCGCCUGUAGAAGGGUGGAGGAUGCUUGGCAUCUAGCAGGAUAGGAGGAGGGGAGCAGCAACAGCAGAGAUGCUAAAGGCUCCUGUUCCCUUCCUCAGGGCUGGGUGACAAGGAUUACAAUACUGCCCCGUGGCACUAGGGGUUGCCCCUGGGCUGAUAUAUCCCUUUAAGUGCUGCCAGUGGGGGAAGAAGUUGUAGCAACUCCUCUUUCCCAAUAGCCACCCCAGUCCCCCACAUAGCAGCUUCUGCUCUGUGUUGACACCCACUGAGGAGGGGGCUAGAUCCCAGCUGGCAGCCCUGGCUGCAGGGACCUCUGGCUUCAGCCUCUCCCUCUUUGGUUAGACUUUCUGCUGGCCAGGCUUUUUAUUUUUGUAUAUGCAAUAGCAGAGCAGGGAUUGAGGCAGUGUGCUGCUUUCCCUCUGCUCUCUGUAUGGCUUAUGAUGGCAUUAAACAGCACAAAGUUUGGAGUCUUACUCACA